AUGGCACCAAAAGGCGGUUACAGGAGAAUCUCUGGUGAUGACGAUAAAAAAGUUGGUUUUGCGUCUUCUCUUUUUUUCCGUUGGAUGAACGGAGUCUUAAAGAAGGGCAGUCAAAGACCUUUGGAUCAAAAUGACUUUUUACCCUUGUCAGAGGAGAACUCUGGCCAUUUUGUUACCGACAGGCUUCGAAAAAGCUGGGAAAGCGAGAAACGUCAUUGCAAGGUGAAUGGGAAAAGGCCCAGACUUUGGAAAAGCGUGUUUGAUAUGCUGUCUGCCAAAGAUGUUACCAUCAUUUUGACGGGGAAUAUAUUGUAUACAACUUCUCGCCUUCUCUUUCCACUGUUUCUUGGGUAUCUUGUUUCUAAGCUUAUGUCAACUGAGGCAGAGAAUAAUUAUCAACUCUACACCUGCGCGUUAGCUAUGUGUCUCAAUGGUUUGAUCGGUGGUCUUGGUAUGCACCAGCAAGACUACAGAUGUGAAACAUUGGGGAUCAAAAUAGGAAGCGCCCUGAGGGGACUGGUGUACCAAAAGGUAGGCACGAUCCAAAAGAGUAUUCUAUACAUUUUUCAAAGGCUCAACCGAUUUUUCUAAUACCCUAAACACCCCAAAUUAAGCCGAACAAGCAUUUAUCAAUCCGAUACAGAAUGAUUUUUUUCCAGAAAUCUUUGCAAUCCUGCUCAUCAACAAAAAAAUCAAAGAAGCAAACAGUUGUUUAGCCUGCAGUUAACGGGAAGUAGGCUACAGAAACCAUAAUGUAUUCGGCUGUGCUUUUGAGCGAGAUUCAAAAUGGCGUCUGAGUUGUCGCUCUUUUAACAAACUAGAAGAGAAUUUAGUAGAGACUUAAUUACUCUUGUCUCGAGACGCAGCCACGAAUAUCUUUAUGCCGGAGAUUAAAAUGAGAUGGUUUGUGGAACAUCCUUCUUCUUUAAUGUCUAAUCUGUACUCUCUUUCAGACGCUUCUACUCAGCAAGCAGACGUUACUGAAGUUUACUGCAGGACGCUUAUUUGACCUGAUAUCCAAUGAUGUUAAAAGAAUGGAAGAAGAGACAGUCAAGUUUUUUGUCUUAGCCGUUUUCGCAGUUUCUGCAUAUGUAGGGGCAAUAUUCCUUAUCUACAAUUUGAUUGGUUGGCAGGCUGUUACGGGUGUGUUCCUCCUGUGUAUUCUCAUGCCAUACCUUGCCGUCUUGUCUUAUGCCAAUGCUAAGCUGCGUCUGCGCACAGCUACAGUAUCGGAUCAGCGAAUCUCCCUAAUGAAUCAAGUAGUUUCCGGGAUCCGCGCGGUCAAAACGCAUGCGUGGGAGGAGGAAUAUGGACGAAAGAUAAAACAUGUAAGAAGGUAAGGUAAAUUAUCAUUUUUAAUCAGAAGUUGGCUCAAACAACUCGGUUCGUUCAUUUCCGUAAUUGUUGACCCAAAUUAUUCAAAACUGGGAAAUAGAUAACCACAAAUCUGUUUUGUCUCCUCUGAGAGCUCGUAAGCUAGGCAGUUUAAACAUGCCCUUGCCCCCGAACAAAAGAACCUUUAGACCGCUGCUUGAGCCAAUCACAAUGCCUCUCUUCACAAAGAAUAAGUGUCUCAUGUAACCCAUUUGAUAACCGGAGGAUUGGCUGCUUGGUUAAAUAAUAUCAGGAUAUACUGAGUAGAGAGUGUGGAAUGAGCGCCCUAAAUGAUUGCUCAAACUUCGAAUAUCCCUUGCAAUUCAUCUUCGAGAGACUCGCGCGAGAUUUCCACCCUAAAGAGAAUAAUUGUUCAUUAUUAUAGGUAGAACAUCUCAUUGAGUCUAACUUGUCUUCAGUUAGUAUUAUUUUUCAUGCGCUGUCGUAGGGUCGCGAAAGACGCACUUAAACAAAGAAGUGAACGAUGAGAAAGGGUGCGCUUCCCGCCGGCUCAUCUCGUUAAUAUUUCAAAUUAGAGAGAACACUGACGAAGAGUUGGUACGAUAGAAUACCCACAUAACUUAUGAUCAACUUUUAUCGUCAGAAAUGAAAUCAGCGUCAUUUCGAAGAGGACAGCCAUUCAGUCAAGUAUCGAUGCCUUGUCAAUCAGUGCAACGCCACUAGCCACCCUGGUGUCAGUAAUUACUAUGGUACUUACAGGCUACACCCUCACGCCCGCCAAUGUUUUUAUGCUGUUGUCGUUUAUGGGUGUUUUAAAAUCGAGUGGCAUGAUAGAUAUGACAUCUGGUUUAAUGGCAACGUAUGACGCCUACGUUUCACUCGGAAGAAUCGAAGAAUUUCUUCUUUUGGAAAAUAUGUUGGAAGCCUCUGAGAGUGAUGAAAGCAACGAGCCCCAACAAAAAGCGAGGAGUACCCCAAGUAACCAAAGUCGCAGUUAUUUGAAAAAAGAAGAGAAAAAUACGGAGAAUGUCCCCCUCUCUCGUCAACCAACAGAAUUAGGGCCAACUAAACUAUGUGUGUCAAAUUUAAGCUUCGCAAAAACGCAUCGUGAAGAUGAAUUCAUUCUUCAGGAUAUCAACUUUUUUGCACCUUCAAAGAGUUUAACAGUCAUCACUGGCCCGGUUGGAACUGGUAAGUCUACUCUGCUCUCAGCGAUCGCUGGUGAAGUUUUGAACACCAGUGGGACUAUUGAUUGUCAAGGUUCUGUCAUUUAUUUGCCUCAGACUACUUGGGUGUUCUCGGGAACGAUAAAAGAAAAUAUUCUGUUUGGUCAACCCUUCGAGGAGUCCAAGUUCGAAAGAAUAAUCGACGUCUGCGCUCUAAAAGAAGACUUUCAGCGGUUACCUGAUGGUGACCAAACAGUUGUUGGAGAACGCGGUGAGGUUCUUAGUGGAGGACAACAGGCGAGAGUAAGUUUAGCUCGUGCAGUUUAUGCUGACGGAGAUAUUUAUCUACUGGAUGAUCCACUGAGUGCUGUUGAUUUUAAAGUUGGCAAACACAUCUUCAACAAGUGCAUCAAAGAUCUACUAGGCGAGAAAAUCGUUCUGUUAGCCUCUCAUCAGCAACAGCACAUGGAAAAUGCUGAUCAAGUGAUAGUGUUGUACAAAGGGCGUGUCCUCGACAAGGGACGCUUUACUGAGCUGCACGAAAAAGGUGUAAUCAAUUCAACUGUUGACCCGCUCUAUAAAGCAGCUCUGAAGGACAGAAAAGACUUAUCUGAUACCUUUGCCUGGGAAAAUACAAAGAAACACCAGGAUGCUGAAAAAUGCCAGAAAAUACAUGCUCGGCCCAAUGAAGCGAGGAGUUUGGAGAUAGCAAAGGAGGAUCGUACAAUCGGAGUUGUGACAUCCAAGCUUUAUUGGGACUAUUUCAGAAGUGGAGCACAUCCUUUGAUGAUAACUGGAAUGGUUGGUUUAAGUCUCAUUACUCAAGGUAAACUUAUUGUUAGAGUGACGUAGAAACCUUGGAUCAGGCCCUGAAAGGGAAUACAGCAACCUUUUCUGAAUCACUUCACAAUAGCUAUACUUUUGGUUUUAGUUUAGAUGGCAGAGUUAAGAGACACUGCACAAAAUUUUGACCAUGUUCCCGAUAUCUCACUUGCUCGUACAAGCGCGAGUGAAUGGCGAGUCACGCGCGAAAGGAAGAGCUGGUGUCAUGCUCCUCGCGUUUGACUUGCCUUUGCCUCCAUUUGCCUGAAAAAGAUAAAAAAAAAACUCGUUUGUAACUAAUUUUCGGAGACCAAAUGCAGUUUUCUAACAAUUUUUAAGUGAAAUAUGGUUGACUGUUUCAUCUAUUCUGUUACAUUGUGGUGCUUACAUAAACAUUCCCAAGAUACAAGCGUAAAUAGCUAACCCGGGCGAGUUGUGUCUAGGCACAACAAAUCUUACAAUGUUUAACUAACUGAUCAGAAAGAAAUACCUUUCAACCACCACCUCUUGAUCUUAUCUCUUUCAGCCAUCAUAGCUGCUCCAGACUUGUGGCUCUGGUUUCUUGCAAACCUAAACCAAGAGGAUCAGAAGAACAAGACUUAUCUAUCUGUCUUCGCCUGUCUGGUUGGCGCGUGUUUUAUAUUUAUUAUAGUUCGAGCUUAUGGACUCUUUCAUGUUUGUCUGAAGUGCGCUGAGCGUCUUCACGAUAAAAUGGUUGUGGCCAUUUUACGGGCACCUGUCCUGUUCUUUGAUUCUAAUCCAGUGGGAAGAAUCCUAAAUCGCUUCUCCAAUGAUAUUGGCUGCGUAGAUGAGUUGUUACCCAAAACAUUCCUGGCGGCAAUGCAGAGGCUCUUGGAGAUAUCUGCCCUAAUUCUGGUAACAGCUGCCACAAAUGUUUGGCUGGUGUUUCUUGUUGUUCCAAUUUCCGUGCUGGUCGUUUUUCUAUCCAAUUAUUACUUGAAGACUGCCAGAGAACUAAAGAGGUUAGAGUCGAUAUCCCGAAGCCCCGUGUUCGCUCAUUUUUCGGAGACCCUGAUAGGACUGGACACGAUUCGUACGAGAGGAAAACAGACAGAUUUUGUGGAUACACUUUACAGGUAUGUUGGAGACAUUGAUGCAGUGUGUGGUGCCAGAGCCAAUAAAUGCACAGGUCACAAAUCAGUCAUAAUUUCUUAUUUUCUGUGAGCUAUUUAUUUUUCAUUGACUGCCAUUACACGCAAAUGCAUCACGCUUCUUUUCUAAUUAUACUUGAUGUGUGCUGAGACACUGUUUAGCAAGUGGACCUUCUGUAUACGAGGCACGGUCGCGAAACGAAGCUAUCCAAAAUACACACGAAGGGCAUUAUCCGUGUUAAGACUACAGUAAUUGCUCUCUGUGGUUUUCACCCUUCUGAUAGGAUUUUAACAGACCCAUAAUAUGAACGGUCAAUCAAUAUGUGGAAAAGUAUCCAUAUCGAAAACAGAUUCGGCUCUAAAGGCUCCUCCUUCAUUUUGACGAGUAUAGCAUACUUAAGACUGAGAUGUGGUUACGGAAGCGAUCUUUCAGACAGUUAGCCAGAAGACAGCUUACAGAUGCUUUUUGGGAACUAAGAUUUUUCUGAGGGGAUGGGGGUCGGGUGGAAUUGGAAUCUGAUAGGAUUUCAACAGCCCCUUAAUAUGAAAGGUCAAUCGACAAGAUCGCGUAAUGUGGAAAUUCAAUGAUUAAUCAAAACUCUAACAAAUUUAUCGAACUUUAUUGGUUUUCGCCAGCCCGAUUUGAGCACUAAUAGCACAGAGUGUCAUGCUUGUAAUUGGACUGUGUAAUAGGACAGUUGACAAUUCAUGCCUGUGUGUAAGUGUAUGCGCGCGCUGUUGUCACGCAUUUCGACGCAUUUUUUUUUAUGAAAACGUAUAAGUGAUGUUUAGUUUCUUUCUCUAAUUUUGUUAUAGUUAUAAUUUAUUGGUAAGAGAACUUCUUGACGUCCAAUUCCGUCUUUAAUCCCACUCGUGAUUAAAAAAUCAGACUCCCGCUUUGCAGUCGUCUGCUAUUGUUAAUCAAUUAGUUACGGACCGAAUUGCUUUCCACUCAGUCCUAUUACCAUUAUUAGUUUAACAGGAAAUACAGGCAAGUGCCAUUCGUCUUCUCCUUCUGAUAACUGUUAUACUUAGUAAACAACAUGUAAUUGUGAUAGUGAAUUUGUUGAGGGACUCCGUUACAUUGUCAGGCCAAAGAAGACACUGGUCUCACUUCAAUGUGCAGACCCGAUGUAAUCUGCUUAGAAUAUUCUUUGGAGUGAUUAUCUUAAAAAGAAAAUACAAUUGAAUAGCAACAAAUCAGCCAGAACAAAAGAAAAGAUCACAAUUAGUAACAGAGGAAUUGAGCGCGGGAAAACGCGCACGACCGAUGGGCGGUUAGUUUUGCGCGGAUUUGUUGGACCAAUCACGAACCAAAGUAAUACGAAGUUUAUAGAUUCUGAUUUAUUUCGACAGUCAACUAAAAAAAUUACUCCAUUAUUGAAACAUAUUGUGAUAAAAAUUCGUCUCCUCAGAUAUCAAGAUAUUGAUAAUCAAGCGUACAUUAUGGUGAUGGCCAGCGGUAGGUGGCUCGGUGCACGUUUGGAUUCCCUCGCUUCCUUGUUAGUCGGUGCAGUUGCUCUGGCUGCAAUCUUGGUAUCUCAAGAUGCCGGUAAGCUCAAGAUUCUUACUAUCGUUUUAGUCUUUCUAUGUAAAGUACGAAUUUAUAUAGUCGUGUAUUAACACAGCAUGAACUACUGACUAAUAAAAUAGGUGUGAAAAUGCUCUGAAAAUAUUGCACUCUUAUUAUCAACGGGUGGUUUAUAAACACGACAGAAACGCAAGAGUCUCUCAGGUGGCUUAAGUGCUGAGUAAACUUUCAAGUGGGUUGGAUGAUUCAAAACGGGACACUUGUGUUGAUAACUCCUCUGCACCUACUUAGUUUGGAGUCAAAACAACAACACUAAGAAAGACGUAAAAAAGACGCGUUAUAUAUUCCCUCCCAUAAAGAGACUGCCUGGACCAGGCUAAGUAACCUAGCCUCGUAUAUCCUUUGAGCUAUCAAGAGAAAACUAGUCCGGAAUUUAUAAAUUCAUGGUCCAAUUCUUUUUCAGCUUACGCUGGUCUCGCUCUUGUUUACGUCAUCCAAACUCUGACCAUGACUCAAUACGCUGUUAGAAAAACCUCUGAAGUGGAAAAUUACAUGACGUCAGUUGAGCGAGUUAUAACCUAUACCAAACUUGACCGGGAGCCUGGAUAUGAGGACGAACGAAAUCCCCCAGAAGACUGGCCUCGGAGAGGAAGUAUUGUGUUGAGAGAUGUAUCAUUGACGUACUAUCCGGGGGGACCUCAAGUGCUGAAGAACAUCAAUCUUAGCAUCAAAGGAGGAGCAAAGAUCGGAGUUGCCGGCCGUACGGGAGCUGGGAAGUCAUCUUUUGUGGCAGCCCUUAUGCGCAUGCCUGAUGCUGACGGAACGAUAAUCAUCGACGAUGUUCCGAUUAAAGAGAUAGGACUCCAACAAGCUCGACGAGGUAUCUCAAUUCUUAGCCAAAGUCCUGUUCUUUUUAGUGGAUCAUUGAGAAAAAAUCUCGACAUUUUAGACAAGUUUCAAGAUGCUGAUUUAUGGCAGGCUUUAGAAGAUGUGCAACUGAAAGAUUUUGUCGAGACACUUGAUGCCAAGCUGGAUCACGAGCUGCUGGAACAUGGCGCUAAUGUCAGUGUGGGAGAGCGGCAGUUAAUUUGCUUGGCUCGUGUGCUGCUACAGAGAAGUAAAAUCGUCGUCUUGGACGAGCCAACUGCGCAUGUUGACCCAGACACAGAGCAGACGAUUUGGAAUGUGGUGCGGGACAAACUGAAGGAGUCCACUGUCAUCACUAUAGCUCACCGUUUGAACACGAUAAAAGACUGCCAGAAAGUCUUAGUCUUGAAGGAUGGAAAAGUUAAAGGAUUUGACAAAUUUGAUUCAAUAAUAAACAUGAAGUGAGAUGCGGUCUAAGGUUGAAAUACCUCGAAUGUCACGCAGGUUUGAUCCUGCAGAGCUCAAGAUAUUAUACAGUUUACAAUCCUCUCCAGAGCUCUAAUUCUGCACAUUGUGGAAAAGAAUGACAUUUGAUGUUUUUGCUCAGUUCUGGCUCCUAUAUACUCCUAUGCGUCUUUAAAAUCUCUCACGUUCUCAUGUUUCGGGGUGUCACGCAACGUGCAUUUUGCCGAGGGUCUGUUUGGUAAUAGAUCACAGAUGGAGUCAUUAUGUGGUGACAACAGAAAAACCUGCACACUUGGCGCGAGCAAGUGUGUCACUAAUGUUCCUACUGCUCUAUAACGUCCUCUGUGAUCUAUUAAUGAACAGACCCACCGUAACGUCGAUUACACAUGUUUUAUGUAAUAAACAAAGCAAAGUUUUUCUCAUAUUGACGUCACUUAUCCGUCUGUCCCCCAACUGAUCAUAAGUAAAAAACCAGUGAAGAUGCUCUGGGAACGACUUGCGUGUGCCACUUACCACUCAACGCAAUGCACACAAGAAACAAGUUAACGGUUUAUUCAGAAAUAGGAAACUGUUCAGCAGCCUGGCUAAGUUUUUUUUAAGAGGGCAGAGGGGGGAGCUAUGUCCAGAUAUAGGGUCCGAUAUCAGAGAGUAACAGGUUGUCAUGUCAACAUUUACGUUGGGUAAAAAUUUAGAUCUUCUCGGAUGAGCAGAAAGAAUGAGAGGAAAUACAGGCCUACAAGAUAGCGGCAUAGAUGACUUAAGUACCAUGUAAGAUAAACAACUCUAUUACAGUCUCUCCCAAACAUAUUGCCUCAAAGAGUAGUUCAAACACCUCCUCCCCCACCUUACCUCACCACUACCCCCCUACGAAUAGCGAGCUUUGUGUCACACAUUCAGUUGUCCUGACAACUGAGCACGCUAACAUUUUUUUUUGCGAUGGUAAUCCCGGCGUUCUUCCAUAGUUUGGAGAUCACAUAUUUUCCCUUUGGUAACUUAUUAAAACAUUUCUAGACACUUAAAAUCGUUUCCUUCUUACAUCCCACCUAUUACAAAAUAAUCUUUCGCAUGCGCCAUACUUUCUCAAGUGAUCUCCACACUCUGUUCGGAUAUAUGACUGUCUUUCAUGCGCGGGAGUGAAAAUGGGAAAUUUGAAUCGGAAUUGUCAAGUCUUUCUUUCGGAAUAAACGUGGUAUAUUUUUUGAUAUGGAGUUGUUUUAAGGUUAAAAGUUCACUCUCGCGAGCAGAUGGCUCAGAAGAAGAGGUCUCCGAGAGAGUCACCGUCACUAAUCUUACCUUUUCGAAAAAAUUGGCAAUUGAACUAAACAAUCAUGAAAAGUUGAAAUGUCCGGGGAGUUGCCCAAGGGAAAUGUUCAAGCUUCGAGCUGAUCGACGCGUAAUUUUCAUUGCUUCGGGUGAAUCGAAGUGUCGUUCAAUCGCAAGCUUAUUCUGUCGCGUUUCAGAGUUUCGUUUCGUCGAACCAUUGUCGCCGCAAGCGAACCUUUAUGUGAAAGGCACGAUUGAAGAGCAAAGCUUUCCGUACCCUCAUCAACGGUAAGCCGUAGUUUUACUAAUUGGCCGUCUAAAAGAGAUUCUAAAGUAACAUUUUGAGUUUUAGCCCUUUGUCAGAGCGAAUCGGCUGUAAAACAAUUUACACUGAGUGAAACAAACUAAAGCGAGGAUCGCGUUACACUGGCGAUGUCAAAAGUGUCAUAAAUAGUCAAGCUCAUUCGCGCAAUCUUCAAGUUAAAACCUAACAACAGAAAUAUGACUAAUUCUUGCUUAUCAAGCUCAUUUUCUUGCCUUAAUUUGCUUUUUUUUUUUUAAAGAGUACGGGUGCGUGAUUUUGAUGUUGAUUAACUUGUUGAGGGUUGGUUCGGAAGUUUUUGCAUAGUCACGUGCAAUUCCUCAACAAUUCCUCAAAAAACUUAUCUACUAAUGUAAUCGUAGUCAUAAUAAUAGUAACCAUAGGUUAAAAUGGCUGGAAACCAUAGUCUUUGAAGGUGUGGGCAAUGGGCGGGAAAUUUACUUUUACAUUUGAAAGCCGCGAGCAAGUCAACGAAAUGUUUAGUUCAAAGGUAUAUUUAAUUAACAGCAAUCUCUCCAAUAAUUUUUUAUUCACCCAAAAACCUUGAGCAAUGAUCCUUUCACCAUCAAUUUGCAUCAUUUUGUUGACGACAGCACGGAUGCGUGGCAUGGCACUGUUUGCCUCGCAUGGAUUUGAGACCUGUCUAACUUUUCCAAAAGGUCUGGAUAGAGGCAGAUAUCUAACAAAUUUAAGAAAAUGAAACGACACUAUUAAAAUUAAAGAACAUGUUUCGACAGCUCCUCCGUCAUCUUCAGUUCUGAAUAAUACAAAGUACAGAGUUGAAUUUUAGGUGCGUAAGAAAAUGCUGAUUGGACAAAACAAACCAUAGUAACAUAAAAAUAUAUGCAUUUACAAGGAAAGUUUCAAAUUUACACGAUAAAGUUGGUCACGGAUUAAGAGUAGGUUUCUGUGGGUAGCUUCUUUGAUUUUAAGUUGAAAAUUUGUGGAAGCGUGAUCUAAGAUGUUAAAACACUCAUCAGAACAAAGAGUGCGACAUUGUGGAGAAUUGUGUAGAUGUCCAAAAAUGUAAGAGGUUCUAUCACUGACCAAGUGCUCACGUACGCGUGUGGAUAAAUGUUUAGAGGUUUCACCGACAUAGCAGGCAUUACAGUCCGCACAUAAAAACCUGUAAACCACACACAUACGGAGCUUACGACGGAUAGUGUCUUCCACACCAAACAUAUUGCUAUUUAAAAGAUGAAAAAACCAACUCAAUAUCGAUGUUGUUACUAUAACGCUUAGCAAAUUGGCGAACCCUUUUUCGCGUGACAACAGAAAUAAGGCCAAUGUAAGUUAGGACAAUUAUUACAUUUAGGCCUUCAACCCUUCCCGAGAGACCGGGCUGCCUGCUUAGGCAGGUUACCCUAGGCGGGUUACCCCACUUAGGCGGGUUACCUGACUUACCUGGGGUCCCCCACCUCCAUGUGAACAGGCUCUAGGUUGCGAGAACUAUCCCUUUGCCAUCUCCUUCCAGCAGUGUGUGACGCACCUCUAAAUUAACGGUUGACCAUGAACUUAGAGAGGGUCAGCUCUAGUAUUAAGAGUAAACCAUAAGCGUAUUAACAGCAGACACAAGAUGGCAUUUAAAGAAAAUGUUGGUAUAAAAAUAUGAUCAACUGAUGGCCAAACAGUCAAGACAUAUCAAUGAUUAUGAUCCAUCAAAGACUUUUACUAUUAUGUAUCUAUCGUUGGGACUGUAGUUAUCGUCUACUUUUAGCAGAGCAAGAUAAUUUACAUCUCUUCCAAAAUGUCAGGCUCCACUAAUUCCUUGAGGCGGGGAUCACGGACACGUCUCCUGGAGCCUUUGAACUCCUCUUUGAGGUAGUAUGUUUGAGAGAGACUGUAAUGGAGUUAUUUAUCUCACAUAGACUUUAACCAAUCUGUACUGCUAUCUCGUAGACCUGCAACUCCUCUCAUUCUUUCCGCUUUUCCGAGAAGAUCUAAAUUCAUAGUCAACGUGAAUGAUGACACGCUCCUCCGAGGAGAUCUAAAUUUACGCCAAACGUGAAUGUUGACAUGACAACCUCUUACUCUCUGAUAUAGGACCCUAAAUCUGGACAUAGCUAGACUGCUGAACAAUUUCUUAUCUUGUUUCUAGUGUGCGUUGCGAUGGGUUGAAAGUGGCGCUAGUAAGUCGUUCCCAGGGAAUCUCCAUUGGUUUUUUACUCAUGACCAGUUGGGAGACAGACGGCUAACUAACGUCAACAUGAAAAAAAAUUGCUUUGUUUAUUACAUAAAACAAAUGUAGUCUAAUUUACGGUGAGUCUGUUCAUUAAUAUAUCAAAGAGGACGUCUUAGAGCAGUUGGAACAUCAGUGACACACUCGCCUGCGCCUAGUGUGCCGGUUUUUCUGUUCUUAUCACAUUAUGACUUUAUCUGAGAUCUAUUAGUAAACAGAACCACCGUAAAAUGGACGUUGCGUGACACCCCGAAACAUGACAGCGAGAGAGAUUUUAAACAUAGAAGCCAAAACCGAGCAAAAAUUUUCGAGGAUUAUGCAAAUAAGUGCAUAUAGAGCAGGACGUCGUUGAUUUUGAAACGGGUGACACUGACGCAAAAAGUGGACCUGACAGUAUCGUCGGCAUUGGUCAUGACACGGACAUUGCUAGAGAUAUAGCUAAGGGAACUUACUCAUGGAAGCCGAACAAACGAGACGGAGUCUGAAUUGCAAAAUGAAGUCGACAAUGGUAUAGCCAAUGAUGGUGAUAAGCUGAUGGAGGUUCAGUUUGUUUCAGAUGUACACAUCGACUUAUUUGCAACGAGAGGAGAUGACGAAUAUCACAUUGGAAUCUUCCCAAUGAAGUUCUAGAAAAAAUCUUAGAAACAGUGUUAGCGUCAUCGGCCAUCCUGUUUGCUGAUAAUGCAUGCCACACAUGCCAAACAUUACGCAAAGUUAAUACACGAUUCAGGGCGCUGGUGCACUGUCUGAAACGAUUUCUACCAAGGCUUCACGUUUCUGAUGGAUUGAAUUCUUGUUUAAUCAGCGUUCGAAGCCUUUUAAAAAAGUAUGGUCCUUUAAGCCAUCUAUUGAUCGAGCUGAAGAAAAUCAAUUCCAGUCCAAAGUGGGCUAAUGCUUGGCUGGAAGUUCAAGUGGAUGAACUCGAUUGGUACGUAAUCAUUAGGAGUCUUUGGAAAAUAAAUUGACUACAACUGAUGAUAAACUAGCAUACUAUUAUUGAUGUAAUCGUACGUGUUGAAGUCGUUAGUAGUGAUGCACCAUUUUAGAGCAGUUUGAAUGAUUCCGCUGUGUCACAUUUUAAUCCAAAAGAAAAUUAUUAUUGUCAGUAGUGUUACUGAAAUUUUGCACAUCAAUGUUAUUCAGCUUCAAUCGAUUUUAAUGAAGCAUUUGAGUUCAUAUUUAAGAAUGACUAUCUUGAUUAAUUCAAAUUUGAACCUGGGAUAUGGCUUCACUCCACCUUGGUAAUCAGUUCAUGAACCAUAUGACUAUGAGUGGAAACUGUUAAGCUUUCUUUUUUCAUUUAUUAAUUAUUUAUCUAUUCAUUUUCUCCCCUCACGGAGGGGAGGAGAGAUGAAGACAAAAAAGGAAAUAAAAACUUGAGAUUGACUGUGGUAUAUAUAUUUUCCCGAUAUUUCGGUUCGGGAACUGAUGCACCCGUCUUAGGGGGCUAAAGGAAAAAACACGAAUGGUUCAUUAGACCAUCAACUGACCAUCAUGCGUUGAACGUUGUAGCUCAAAAGUUCAAUUUGACUCUUGCGUGGAAAAAAAUUAACAUGUCGAGACCUGUGAUCGUGAAAUAGGAUAAGAUAUGAUUGGUCAGUAGAUAUCUAGCUCUGUAAGUCACUUUAUCAUAUAGCUAGCUGCGCGCGUGGGCAAGAUGAAGUGAAUCCUGUGUUCUGAUUGGAUACCUGAGCGGGCAAGAAGAGCCCACCCUCGCCCGCUCGGGAUUCCCCGUAUUGAUACUGCGCAAGAAAACUCACAAAGUUCGUAACUUUUGGACAAUAUCGGCAUAUACAUAGAAAAAAUUAAACGACCCUCUUGGGUUUAUUGUGCUACAAAAACAGUUGGCUUUCACUCUCGGCUCUCGAAAUAAACAAGUCAUUCUUGAUUCUUAUCAAAGCGAAAUCUUUCACUACACAACGAAUCCUUUAAUGUUUAAGUCAAGAGAACAUAAACUCUCUUGAUCAAGCUUGUUCGGUCAAGAUGACUGGAUAAUAGCCUGGUUCUUUUUCUACAUUUUUUGGACUCAGACUUCGUCUCAGUCCUUAAAAACGCAAAAAAAAACUCUCAGCACUGAUCACACAAGUAUAUCGUCAAAAUCUGUGGCGCUAAAGAGUCUCAGCCAAUGUUAUAAAGAGAGGUAUUAGUCAGCGUUCUCAUUGUUUUUGCGUCUGUCAAUUUGAUGCCAAAAGCACAUCAGUUUAGGGUUUUGUAGCCAAUGCUUCUCAACUUUCGUCUUCAGCAAAUAAAAAGACGCAGAUUAAUAUCAGCGACCCGCAAUAUGCCAUGAAUAUUGGUCAGAGGAUUCUUUGGUGCAACAGCUGUCACUUUAAAACAUCUCUAUGUGGAUGUCUGCUAUAACAACAGUGUACUAGCGCAGUUAAACGAUUGCAUUGGAGGCCUAUUUCAUUUAGGACCAAAUGCUAUUACAUUACACAACUUGCCAUGUAAACGUCUCAAGGUCGACUAACUUUAACCCAGUCCUCACAUAAACAGGUAUUUAUCAUAUAAACUGCGGUGUUAUACAGGGAUUUCCAGCUCUGGGAGAGGCCGUAACAACACACGUGAAAAAUAUCGUAUUUCUUCACGUGUGUUGAUAUAGCCUAUCAGCUGCUGACACGUCACUCGCCUUUGGAGCCACUCGGUCAGAUUAAUGAAUCAACGGCAAAGCCUUCACGAUUCUCGAUACAAGUUGCUUGUCGGAGCUUCCUCGAAAUAUGGCGGCUAAGACGCUAAAAAAUACGUAUUUCUGACAGACAUUGAGGUUCAAACUUUUUUAUAGGGGGAAGAAAACAAAUAUACUUAAAGAAAAACUGAAAGUUACGUAUUCAGUGGCUUUGGUGUUGGUAUUUCUUUCGGCUGAGAAUGAAAAUCGACGACUGAAAGAUUUGCCACUGGCCGAUUUUGGCCGUUUACCUUCAAAGACUUCUUCUGUCGAUUCUUUUAUUUUCAUUCAUUAAUGAAGUCGGCUUUUCUUUUCAGUAAAGAGCUAUUGUGUUUAAGUGUUCAACUAUUGUGUUUGAGUGUUUAACUCGACAUCUCACUCGGUUGAACACUCGAAGAGAAAUUCCAUAUCCACGCGCGCUCAUGUAUUAUUCUCUAUUUAACUGACUAACUUAGACAUACCAUGAGGUAUCUACCUCCAACACAUCAGGAAAGCCCAGAUUAAAAAAUUAUUCAAACGAGUAUAAACAAUUCUCUAUAGAAUAUAAGGAUGCAUUCCUCUGGGCUGAUCCAGACCAGGAUUUUUGAUUCGAGAUCACUGGGAUCAUGCUACACUCGAACAGUAAAAAAAAAAAAAACAGAAAUUGGUCUAUUAUUAGUAAACAGAAAGAAGUCACAAGAUUUAAAGAGAGGAAUAACUCGUGCUGUUCUCAUUUGAUCGUAACGCUUUAGGGAUGAUCAUGAAGGUACAUGGUUGAGUAAAUCUUUUGUUUCUUCGACAAUAUUCGUGACAAUUUUCAUUAAAGUCCAAUAUUUGUGCAGUUCUCUGAUAAAUACAUCAAUAGUAAAAACGAUCGAUUGCCUUUUGGAUUCCAGUUGUGUUUAAGAAAAAGGAUGGGGUUAGACACUGAACUAUCUCUCCCUAAAGUUCCCUUUUUCGUCUAUAAAACAUCAAGCAAAACCACAAAAUAAUUUACAAUGAUCAUCUCACCAUUAAUUUGCAUCAUUUUGUUGACGACAGCGCCGAUGCGUGACAUGGUGCUGUUUGCUCUCGCAUGGAUUUGAGACCCGUCUAACUUUCUUCACAAAAUGAAUCUCUCUACCGUCGAGCCUGUAUUAAGCGGUUACCCUAUAUUAAGCGGUCGGUUUCCAUAGUCCUGAAAAUUUUCCCCCUUAAUGACUGUAAUUUUAACCUCCAUUAACCGGCCACCUCUAUAGAAGUGUUCGUGGUCACACUGUGGUCCCAAAGGACUUUUUCUAGAGUUCCCCACCUGUAUCAAACGGUCACUUGAAGUGCAAAUUGUAACCACUGAAAUAAAACUGAGAAAAUCUCUCAAGUAAACUUGAAUCCACGAUUAUCUCCCUGAAUCAAUGUAAACAAAGUGGUCUAUUGUGGCAAAAUAUUUUAUCGUUUUUGUCGUUUUCCAUAAUGCUCCUUUUCUGUGGAACCUGUAUUCAGUGGUCAACCUGUUGUAAGCGGUAACUCCAUUAUUUUCCGUGGGUAACCACUAAAUACGACUCAGUUCGACUCAGUAUCUUAAAUUGCGAAUUCACUGCGUUAAGGUUUUAUGUAAGUAUACAAGCUGUGUUUUGUUUCGUAAACAGAUAACAUGACACGAUCCGUGAAGCGUGAACUGUAAACAACACGCAAUGUUAAAAAAGGGCGAUCAGUAAAUGAAUCAACCCUUUUCCACAAUUGCUGGUUUGGUUACAUACAGCUGAACUCAUUAAUCAAAUGAUAAAUUGCUCUUAAUCGUGUGCGUAGCUCACUUGUAAAGAUUUUAUAUUCAAUAUCAAACCGACAUUAAGGACAUAAAUUCAUUCGUAACUUCAUUGAACCGCAAACAAUUAAAACAGUGCUGUCAUUUACAUCAUAGCAAGCAAAGAGGGAUCUUUUAAACGAAUCCAAGGUUAAAUGCGGAGCCUACAAAGUUGACUUGCUCUUGGUAAGUUUAUCAUAGUCAUUAACAUUUUGUUGAAGAGCCCUCGCCAUAAUGAAAAUUAUCGUCGCAGGCAUUAAUCAAAGGGAUGAAUUGGCGCUGAAAGUUAUGGGUCUUCAAGGUGCUUGGUUUCUGUGUUAAUGCAUUGAAUACACUUCCCUCUCAAAAUGCAUACCAGCAAAAGGGGGUACAAUGACGUCUAUGGUAUGACGGAGAAACGUUAGUAAAAACGUACGGUGAGUUAUAAUCGCUUCCAUGGAAAGAAGUGAUACGUCUGGAGGCUUAUGUUACUUUUGAGGAGCGUUUUUGUUUUAAAUUAUUCUUAUGCGAGGUUAAGAGUCCCGAAUCAGUGCAAGUCAAGCUAAGUGCGAUUGAAAUUAAGGUCCAGUUUACUCCACUCUUAGAAAACUUUGAGCAGGACUUCAGACUUUUAAUGAACGAUUUGUCAAACUUAUUCAUUGGCAGAAAUAUUGGACAAGAUGGCGGCCGCGCUUGCGCAUUUCGUCCAUAAAGGCGUCCAAAUAAUAUAAGAAACUGUAGGGAAAUUUGUAGAAUUUCUAAAAUAUAACAAUCAGGAGCUCAUGGUUCCGUCCGCUCUCGAUCGAGACAUAUUCAGUACCGAUUCUGCUAUUCAUCAAACCUCUCAGUGACUCGAUAAAUAAAAACCACUUACUUCCCGAGCCAGUUCUUUUGUCAUUGUCCAUUGACCUAAGUCGCCAUACAGUUCUUCAAAAUCCGUGGUUCUCCAUCCCAAACACUCGCCUAUUACAGGAAAGUGCAUCGAUGAAGUCAACUGCCCUCGAUCGAAUUGACUGCUACUGAGUUCGAAGCGUCCAAAUAUCCUGAAAAAUUGCGAUUUCCUCCCAUCAAAAAACUUCCCAACGCGCCAGAAUAUCCCUUAUUUUCCAUGUUGAGUAAGUGACGAAACGCCAUGUUGAAAACUAUGACUGAAAUGGUUUAACACGAGCAAAGCUGAUCUGGUAAAUUAAUUAGUUCUCAGGUCCUUUUAGGGAAAAAAAUAUGCCAGGCGAAAAUUUAAUAAAAGCAAAUCAAAAUUCUGACAUCAUGUCAUCGCUCUGCCUCGAAAAAUCCCAAAGAUUUACUUGCAGGUCUUCUUUUCUUUUUCUUUUCAUCAAAUAGAAGAUCUGCGGUGCUCAAAUUGUGUAAGUCAUGGUACGAAACACGCUUCUUUGCAGAUCGAGCCGUGAUCGCUGCCAUAUUGAAUUCUCUUGAUAUACUAUUGUUCCGGAGUGUAAUACGUUAUACCGCUGAUAAUUGUUAGCGGGCUCGAAAUGUCCUUGAUUUCUGACGAUGUUAGAACGAAAGAGUCUAUUGCGCGGAACCAUUCAGAUAACAACAACAAGUCAAAAAUUUCAAUAUGAACCAUUAAUUAAAGUCAUGUUGCGGUCCAUUCUUCAUCGGACAAAAUUUCCAGGCAACAUUAUCAAUUUAUUUCUAAACAAAAAAAACCGGAACGAAUGUUUUCCGCUCACACUACAACGGCCGUCAACGGCGGCAGACAGAUUUGAAUGGACAUUAAUCAUGUGCGUACCAAGAGCUUAAUCUUAAAAACCGCCAAAAAAUUGAAAGAGCAUUGAUGUUGUCGUUUUUACUAGCUCGGAGAAUUUGUUCACUAAAAAGCCCUCUUCAUUUUUGGAAUCGCUUGACAUUUCUAAACAAUGACUCUAAUACUCUUCAGACGUUUUAAGAAACCAUUUAGUGGCACUUUAAUUUGGAGAAAAUCUCCGACUGCCGGGCAUUUAGCCUUGUCGAGACCGUGCCCGGCAUUCUGAUGAGAAGCGUCUACAACCGAGUAAUAAUAUUGUAGUGUGCACAAGCUCGAAGAAAUUGUCCACUAAAAGACCAAGUUGAUUUUUGGAAUCCCGUAACAUUUCUAAGCAAACAUCUGAUAUUUCUAAGAAGCUUGAAAGAACCUUAAUUUCGGUGGAAAUUCUGUGAAAAAUUCUGCGACUGCCGGGCAUUUCGUCUUCUUAGGACCGUGCCCGGCUGCCAGGCAUUUAGUCAUAGCGUUUUCGAAAAGCUCCGUUUAAAAUUUGUUUUCUUUCCUCAGAGUUUUAAAACUGAUUUUGAAAAUGCGCUUUCAAAACUUUCAAAACAAGUUCCCGUUUAUUCAGCGUGGUGAAGACAGGGCUCUUGGGAAAUUUUGUGACCCUCUCGUUUCAAAAUACGACAUCUGUCUUAUUGUACAGGAACAUCGAUCGUCUGGCGCUUUGUUGGCUCGAGAAUUUCGACUGUUACAUUUCGUGACAUACUGGUAAAUUUAUUCAUGACCUAUCACGCAAUCGACUUCGUCAGGUAUCCAAUUUUUACCAGUAUUGUGCUGUUAUUUUAAGUCUGAAAAAAAAAUUACAUUUUCUUGCGUAUAAAAUUUGAUUUUUCGCCUUGUUAAAUGGAAGUCAAAAAAAUUUGCUAAGAACUGGUUUUUGACUGGAUUAUAAGCAGCAAUAAACAACAAACGAGUGCCUUUUUAACUCGUGAACUGCGCGCAUGCGCAAGAGCGAGUUAUAGAUACGAUGUGGGGAAUGGUAUUCGCUCGCUCGCUCGCUCGCUCGAUUGGUCGAUUCUUGUAAAAUUUUUUUUAGAUUUUAGGCUUUUGAGUGCAUUUGAUAGUUUUUGGCGAGCAAUAAACAGACGAAAUGGCGACCUUUGUUGCUAAUAGUGGUGGGGUGAAAAAGAAGCCAAUGAUAAUCUUAAAAAAAAGUUUUUUUUUUUCGUUUUAGUUUCAACAGGCGGCGCCAGCGACUGGCAGGCAUGCAAGGAUUCACACUGAAAUAACAGAACAACCUUCGUUUUUCAUAAAAUUGUAAUUUACAAUCCUUGAACUUGAAAACAAUCCGAAGAUUCAUUGAAAAUAUCACCUACUGCGAAGCGCUCGGAGUUUACAGAUGUUCAAAAGCUUUUUUUGUUAUAGCGUGAGCUUGAGGACAAAAUUGAUCAUUACGUUUCGUCGCGUGCGUUUUUCCUGUGUGAAGCAACAAAAGAUGCCGGCGACUGACGAAAUAACAAGUUAACACGAAAAUCAAAUAACACCUAAACAAACAAUUUUAGCUACCGAUUUUCAGUGAAUUUUUAAAGAACAAUUUUCUUUUAAGUUUCAAGACAAUUUGAAGAUUCAACAUACGUACAACGUAUUAAAAUGCGAAAGUUAACACCACAAAAUUGAUAAAUAGGCCUGAAAUGAAAUUCUAUCUUGUUAUUGAUUAUGCAUUGCCUAGCACGUGACUUAAAGAUCCAAAAUGAUGGUGGCAGGCUUGGCUUAGUUAUAUCACUCAAAACUCGUUCCCGUUUGUCUCAUUUGAUAAAGAGGGAAUCGUUAAUGUUUUCAUUAAGACAGUAUUGCCUUGAUUUUCUAAUAUUUACAACGAAAGACAGUAAAUUUCACUUUUCACCCACAUUUACUUCCAACCUUUUCUUUUGAACCAGAAACAAAAAUGAUAGAAGUUUAAAACACAUGACAUCAUCCACCUUGUCAAAUGUAAUAGCAUGAUCAUUUCAAUUGUAAUGCCUUCUUAUCCCAACGUUACUUUGUUUCUUUGCUACAUUAGCGAACACUGAACUACUGCUCGUACUCUAGAUAUGACAAUCAACCACAAAAUUCCCUAAACCAGAUAACAUUAAACAUAAUCUAAAAAAUCAUGUGUCAAUUCACGAGUUUGCUCACAGAGCACUUUGAUUUAUUUCUGCCCCCGCUUUUACGCCCUCAGAUAGUUCCUGCUUCCCGCCCUCUCCCGUUCUCAGAUCUCCCGCUCCAUUGUCCCCCUCCACUCCAACUUUUACUGAUUUUUCCGUCACCGUGUAAGAUACUCUGUAUUACCCAAAAUCGUUUGCUUGGAAUUUAUUUGUGACAUUGUGAUCUUCUCAUUUUCAAGGACAAAUGAUAGAAAUUGUUAUUACAUGUUGAUUAUUUUGUGGAAUACUCUCGAACUGGUUUUGGCCCUCCGUAUAAAGGAAUAGCAAUUCGACAAUUCGACAUUUUCGUUCUUUUCCACGUUAAUACUCUUCUUUCCUUUUGUAAGAAUGUAGACCACAAGUAAUCCACCCACCCUACAAAAAAUAACACUUGCAUGCAUAGCAUGCCUAUGUUUUAAAAUAGGUGUAUGCCCUUAGCCAGACUUGAGCUCACUAUUUCAGUAUACUAAUCCGACACUCGUAGUAUCACUACACUUGAUUCCAAGGAUCCAGUACCAUCCAGGUAUCCCAGUUACCCUGCUCACAGGGUCUAGUUGAUUUAUUUUUGUGACUAAUAAGUUUGUCAUAGAUGGGGCAAGUUCUUGCUUAGAGGAGACAAAAAGGAAAGCGGGAUGGCGAAAAAUUGUGGAAACUCCAUUCGGAAUGAAAAGUUGGUUCCAUGCAGCUUCCUGAAAUAAUUGCAAGAUAUUGUUUACCCGUUAUUUAGUUUCUAUCUAGAGGGAGGCUGGAACUCACAAGGCUCAUCCAAGCAAGGGGAUCAAUAUUGGCGCGGAAAUUUCCCGCGAAAAAUUUUAAACAAAAACAAGGUUGGCAACCGCUGUCAAGAAAAUUAAACGUUCAUAAAAAGUAGAGAAACGAAAACUCGACACUCUUCGAGUACAAAGCUUAUUCAAUGACGGUUAUUUAACAUUUUGUUUUAAGCUAUAUCAUUCUAGGCUAUAUAAAAGUCAUGAGGUUCUACAAAACACCGUGACUUAAUAGAUUUUAUGUAAGUUUAUAACUCUUAGAGGGCAAGUUGGUUCUGAAAUCCUGGAACAACACGCGAAGAGAUAUGUCCAUUGCGUUGAAUAUGCUAAUAGUGACAAAGUAUUUUGUAGGUCUCAAGUGAUGGCACCAAAAGGCGGUUACAAGAGAAUCACUGGUGAAGACGAUAAUAAAGUCAGUUUUGCAUCUUCUCUUUUUUUCCGUUGGAUGAACGGAGUCUUUAAGAAGGGCAGUCAAAGACCUUUGGAUCAAAAUGACUUUUUACCCUUGUCAGAGGAGAACUCUGGCCGUUUUGUCACUGACAGGCUUCGAAAAAGCUGGGAAAGCGAGAAACGUCAUUGCAAGAUAUAUGGGAAAAGGCCCAAACUUUGGAAAAGCGUGUUUGAUAUUCUGUCUGCCAAAGAUAUUAUCAUCAUUUUGACGGGGAUUACAUUGUCUACAACUUCUCGCCUUCUCUUUCCACUGUUUCUUGGGUAUCUUGUUUCUAAGUUUAUGUCAACUGAGGCAGAGAAUACUUAUCAACUCUACGCCUGCGCGUUCGCUAUGUGUCUCAAUGGUUUGAUCGGUGGUCUUGGUAUGCACCAGCAAGACUACAGAUGUGAGACAUUAGGGAUUAAAAUAGGAAGCGCCCUGAGGGGGCUGGUGUACCACAAGGUAGGCACGAUCAAAAAGAGUACUCUCUGCAUUUUUCAAAGGUUCAAUCGAUUUUUCUAAUACCCUAAACACCCCAAAUUAAGCCGAACAAACUUGAACGCGUUUAUCUAUCCGAUACAGAAUGAUUUUUUUCCAGAAAUCUUUGCAAUCCUGCUCAUCAACAAAAAAAAUUAAAGAAACAAACAGUUAUUUAGCCUGCAAUUAACGUGAAGUAGGCUACAGAAACCAUAACGUAUACGGCCGUGCUUUUGAGCAAGAUUCAAAAUGGCGUCUGAGUUGUCACUCUUUUAACAAACUUAAAGAGAAUUUGAUAGAGACUUAUUUACUCUUGUCUCGAAACGCAGCCACGAGUAACUUUAUGCCGGAGAUUAAAAUCAGAUGGUUUGUGGAACAUCCUUCUUCUUUAAUGACUAAUCUGUACUCUCUUUCAGACGCUUCUACUCAGCAAGCAGACGUUACUGAAACUCACUGCAGGACGGUUAUUCGAUCUGAUAUCCAAUGAUGUUAAAAGAAUGGAAGAAGAGACAGUCAAAUUGUUUUUCUCAGCCGUUUUCGCAGUUCCUGCUUAUGCAGGGGCAAUAUUCCUUAUCUACAAUUUGAUCGGUUGGCAGGCUGUUACGGGUGUGUUUCUCCCGUGUAUUUUCAUGCCAUACUUUGCCGUCUUGUCGUAUGCUAACGCUAAGCUGCGUCUACGCACAGCUACAGUGUCGGAUCAGCGAAUCUCCCUAAUGAAUCAAAUAGUUUCCGGGAUCCGCGCGGUCAAAACGCACGCGUGGGAGGACGAAUAUGGACGAAAGAUAAAACAUGUAAGAAGGUAAGGUAAAUUAUCAUUUUUAAUAAGAAGUGGACUUAUUUAUUGAAAUCUGGGAAAUAGAUAACCACAAAUCUGUUUUUUCUCCACUGAGAGCUCUGUAAGCUAGGCAGUUUAAGCAUGACCCCCCCCCAAAAAAAAAGAACCCUUAGACCACUAUAUGAGCCAAUCAGAAUGCCUCUCUUCACAAAGAAUAAGUGUCUCAUGUAACCCAUUUGAUAACCGGAGGAUUGGCUGCUCAGUUAAAAAAUAUUAGGACAUACUGAGUAGAGAGUGUGGAAGAGCGCUAACUGAUGGCUCAAACUCCGAAUAUUCCUUGCAAUUCAUCUUCGAGCGACUCGCGCGUGAUUUUCGCCCGAAAGAGAAUAAUUGCUCAUUAUUAUAGGUAGAACAUCUCAUUUAGUCUAAUUUGUCUUCAGUUCGUAUUAUUUUUCAUACGCUGUCGUGGGGUCGCAAAAGACGCACUUAAACAAAGACGUGAACGCUGAGGAAGGGUGCGCUUGCCGUCGGCUCACAUCCUUAAUAUUUCAAAUUAGAGAGGACAAUGACGACGAGUUGGUUCGAUAGAAUGCCUACAUAACUUAUGAUCAACUCUUAUCCUCAGAAAUGAAAUCAGCGUUAUUUCGAAGAGGACAGCCAUUCAGUCAAGUAUCGAUGCCUUGUCAUUCAGUGCAACGCCACUGGCCACUCUGGUGUCAGUAAUUACUAUGGUGCUUACAGGCUACACCCUCACGCCCGCCAAUGUUUUUAUGCUCCUGUCGUUUAUGGGCGUUUUAAUAAUGAGUGGCAUGUGGAAUGUGACAUCUGGUUUAAUGGUAACGUAUGACGCCUACGUUUCGCUCGGAAGAAUCGAAGAAUUCCUUCUUUUGGAAAAUCUGUUGGAAGCCUCGAAGAGUGAUGAAAGCAACGAGUCCCAACAAAAAGCGAAAGAUACCCCAAGUGACCGAAAUUGCAGUUACUUUAAAAAAAAAGAGGAAAAUACUGAGAAAGUUUCCUCCUCUCGUGAAAUAACAGAAUUAGGGCCUAUUAUAUUAUGUGUGUCAAAUUUAAGCUACGCAAAAACGCAUCAAAAAGAUGAAUUUAUUCUUGAGGAUAUCAACUUCUUUGCACCUUCAAAGAGUUUAACAGUCAUCACCGGCCCGGUUGGCAGUGGUAAGUCUACUCUGCUCUCAGCGAUCGCUGGUGAAAUUUCGAACGCCAGUGGAACGAUUGAUUAUCAAGGUUCUAUCAUUCACUUGCCUCAGACUGCUUGGGUAUUCUCGGGAUCGAUAAAAGAAAACAUUCUUUUUGGCCAGCCCUUCAAGGAGUCCAAGUACGAAAGAAUAAUCGACGUCUGCGCUCUAAAAGAAGACUUUCGGCGGUUACCUGAUGGUGACCAAACAGUCGUUGGAGAACGCGGCGAGGUUCUGAGUGGAGGACAACAGGCGAGAGUAAGUUUAGCUCGUGUAGUUUAUGCUGACGGAGAUAUUUAUCUAUUGGAUGAUCCACUGAGUGCUGUCGAUUUUAAAGUUGGCCAACACAUUUUUAACAAGUGCAUCAAAGAUCUACUAGGCGAUAAAAUCGUUCUUUUAGCCUCUCAUCAGCAACAGCACAUGGAAAAUGCUAAUCAAGUGAUUGUGUUGUACAAAGGGCGUGUCUUCGAGAAGGGACGCUUUACUGAACUGCACGAAAAAGGUGUAAUCAGUUCAACUAUUGACCCGCUCUAUAAAGCAGCUCUAAAGGACAAAACGGACUCACCUGAGCCGUUCGGCUGGGAAAAUAACGAGGAACACGAUGAUGCUGAAAAAUGCCAGAAAACACGUGCUCUGCCCAAUAAAGCAAGGAGUUUGGAGAUAGCAAAGGAGGAUCGUACAAUCGGAGUUGUGACAUCCAGGCUUUAUUGGGACUAUUUCAGAAGUGGAGCGCAUCCCUUGAUUAUAACUGGAAUGGUUGGUUUAAGUCUCAUCACUCAAGGUAAACUCAUUGUUGGACUGAGUUACAAACCAUGGGUCAGGCCCUAAAAGGGAGGACAGCAACCGUUUUCCUAUAAUUCUUUUAUUCUACUUCUUUUAUUCUAUUUCGUGCAAAUCAUUUCACAAUGCUUUUAAUAAACAAUACUGCACAAAUUUCUGACCAUGUACCCGAUAUCUAACUUGCUCGUGCAAGCGCGAAGCAAGCGCGAGUCGAACGUGAAUGGCGAGUCACGCGCGAAAGGAAGAACUGGUGUUUUACUCUCCGCGUUUGCCUUGCACCUGCCCCACUCGCUUAAAAAAGGUAAAAAAACUCGUUUCUAACUAACUUUCUGAUAUCGAAUGCAGUUUUCUAACAAUAUUUAUGUGUAACAUGGCUGACUGCUUCAUCUAUUCUGUGACAUUGUGGUGCUUACAUAAACAUCCCCAAAAUACAAACGAAAAUACCUAACCCAGGCGAGUUUUGUCUAAGCCCAAUAAAUCUUACAAUGUUUAACUGAAUGAUCAUAUAGAAAUACAUUUCAACCACCACAUCUUGAUCUUAUCUCUUUCAGCCAUCAUAGCUGCUCCAGACUUGUGGCUCUCGUUUCUUGCAAGGCUAAACCCAGAGGAUCAGAAGAACAAGACUUAUCUAUCUGUCUUCGCCUGUCUGGUUGGCGCGUGUUUUAUAUUUACUAUCGUUCGGGCUUAUGGAUUCUUCCAUGUUUGUCUAAAGUGCGCCGAGCGUCUUCACGAUAAAAUGGUUGUGGCCAUUUUAAAAGCACCUGUCCUAUUCUUUGAUUCUAAUCCAGUGGGAAGAAUCCUAAAUCGUUUCUCCAAUGAUAUUGGCUGCGUAGAUGAGCUGUUGCCCAAAACAUUCCUAGCGGCAAUGCAGUGGCUCUUGUUGGUAUCUGCCCAAAUUCUAGUAACAGCUGCCACAAACAUUUGGCUGAUGUUUCUUGUUGUUCCAAUUUCCGUGCUGGUAGUUUUGCUAUCCAAUUAUUACUUGAAGACUGCCAGAGAACUAAAGAGGUUAGAGUCGAUAUCCCGAAGCCCAGUGUUCGCUCAUUUUUCGGAGACCCUGAUAGGACUGGACACGAUUCGUACGAGAGGAAGAAGGAGAGAUUUUGUGGAUGCACUUUACAGGUAUGUUAGAGACAUUGACUCAGUGCGUGGUGCCAGAGCCAAUAAAUGCACAGGGCACUAACGAGUCAUAACUGCUCAUUUUCUGUGAGCUAUUAAUUUUUCAUUUACCGUCAAUACACGAAAUUGCAUCACGCGUCUUUUGUAAUCCUACCUGAUAUGUGCCGAGACACUAUUCAGCAAGUGGACCUUUCCGUAUUCGAGGCACGGUCGCAAAACGAAGCUAUCCGAAAUAGGCACGAAGGGCCUUACCCGUGGUAAGACUACAGUAAUUGCUCUCUGCGGUUUUCGCCCUUCUGAUAGGAUUUUAACAGACCCAUAAUAUGAACUGUCAAUCAAUAUUUAGAAAAGUAUCCACAUCGUAAACAAAUUCGGCUCUAAAGGCUCUCCCUUCAUUUUGACGAGUAGAGCAUUCCUAGGAAUGUCUUUUUGAGAUGAUGGGUGUAAGGCAGAAUUUGUUGAAGGACUCCGUUACAUCGUCAGCCAAAAGAGACACUGGUCUCACUUCAAUGUGCAGACCCGAUGUAAUCUGCUUUAAGUUUUCUUUGGAGUGAUUAUCUUAAAAAGAAAAUUAAAAAAUUGAGUAACAACAACGGCAUUGAGCGCGGGAAAACGCGUUCGACCGAUGGGCAGUUAGUUUUGCGCGAGUUUGCUGGACCAAUCACGAAGCAAAGUAAUACGAAGCUUAUAGAAUCCGAUUUAUUUCGACAGUCAACUAAAAAAUCACUCCACUAUUAAAACUUAUUGUGAUAAACACUCGUCCCUUCAGAUAUCAAGAUGUUCACAAUCAGGCGUACAUUAUGGUGAUGGCCAGCGGUCGGUGGCUUGGUGCACGUUUGGACAUUCUCGCUUCUUUGUUAGUCGGUGCAGUUGCUCUGGCUGCAAUCCUGGUAUCUCAAGAUGCCGGUAAGCUCAAGAUUCUUAGCAACGUUUUAGUAUUUCUAUGUAAAGUAAGAAUCUAUAUAGUCGUGAAUGAACACAGCAUGAACUACUGAAUGAUAAAAUAAGUGUGAAAAUACGUGCACUCUUAUUAUCAACGGGUGGUUUAUAAACACGACAGAAACGUUAGAGUCCCUCAGGCGGCUUAAGUGCUGAGAAAACUUUCAAGUGGGUUCUAUGAUUCAAAACGGGAAACUUGGGUUGAUAAUUCCUCUGCACCUACUUAGCUUGGAGUCGAAACAACGACACCAAGAAAGACGUAAAAAAGACACUUUUAUUUAUUCCCUUCCAUAAAGAGACUGCCUGGACCAGGCUAAGUAACUUAGCCUUGUUAAGUUUUCGUUAUAUCUUUUGAGCUAUCAGGAGAAAACUAGUCCGGAAUUUAUAAAUUGAAGGUUCAAUUUUUUUUCAGCUUACGCUGGUCUCGCGCUUGUUUACAUCAUCCAAACUCUGGGCUCGACUCAAUACACUGUUAGAAAAACCUCUGAAGUAGAAAACUACAUGACGUCAGUUGAGCGAGUUAUGACCUACACCAAACUUGACUGUGAGCCUGGAUACGAGGAAGAACGAACACCGCCAAAAGCCUGGCCUCGGAGAGGAAGUAUUGUGUUGCGAGAUGUAUCAUUGACGUACUAUCCGGGGGGACCUCAAGUGCUGAAGAAUAUCAAUCUUAGCAUCAAAGGAGGAGCAAAGAUCGGAGUUGCCGGCCGUACGGGAGCUGGGAAGUCAUCUUUUGUAGCAGCUCUUAUGCGCAUGCCUGAUGCUGAUGGAAAUAUAAUCAUCGACGAUGUUCCAAUUAAAGAGAUAGGCCUCCAACAAGCUCGACGAGGUAUCUCGGUUCUUGGCCAAAGUCCUGUUCUUUUUAGUGGAUCUUUGAGGAAAAAUCUCGACGUUUUAGACAAGUUUCAAGAUGCUGAUUUAUGGCAGGCUCUAGAAGAUGUACAACUGAGAGAUUUUGUCGAGACACUUGAGGCCAAGCUGGAUCACGAACUGCUGGAACAUGGCGCUAAUGUAAGUGCGGGAGAGCGGCAGUUAAUUUGCUUGGCUCGUGUGCUGCUACAGCGAAGUAAAAUCGUCGUCUUAGACGAGCCAACUGCGAAUGUUGACCCAGACACAGAGCAGACGAUCUGGAAUGUAGUGCGGGACAAACUGAAGGAGUCCACUGUCAUCACUAUAGCUCACCGUUUGAACACGAUAAAAGACUGCGAGAAGAUUUUGGUCUUGAAAGAUGGACAAGUUAAAGGAUUUGACAAAUUUGAUUCAAUAACGAACAUGAAGUGAGAUGCCGUCUAAGGUUGAAAAUACCUCGAAUGUCACGCAGGUCUGAUCCUGCAGAGCUCAAAAUAUUGUACAGUUUAUAAUCUUCUCCAGAGCUGGCAUUUGAUGUUAUUGCUCGGUUUUGGCUCCUUUAUACUCCUACGCAUCUUUAAAAUCUCCCUUACUGUCAUGUUUUGGGGUGUUACGCAACGUUCAUUUUGCCGUGCUCUUGUUCAGUAAUAGAUCACAGAUGAACUCAUUAUGUGGUAAGAACAGAAAAACCUGCACAUUAGGCGCAGGCGAGUGUGUCACUAUUGUUCCUAAAGCUGUAUAGCGUCCUCUGUGAUCUUUUAAUGAACAGACCCACCGUAACGUAGAUUACAUAUGUUUUAUGUAAUAAACAAAGCAAAUUUUCU